UUUGACUUCACAAUAGUAGUGAACGUGAAGGCGAACGGUGUAAGUUUAGUGAGGCUUGAUCUCAUUUAUGCUUUUCGUCGGUAGUGUUCCAAUUAGAUCUGUAAGAACCAUUGAACACAGAAUUUGGUAUAAUAAUUGAUAAUCGAGGUAACCGGAUUUAACAAUAUUUUGCUGAAAAAUUAGGUUGCAUAAAGUGCUGUUGAGGCUGUCACAUUUCGCUUUUUAUUGACACCGUGUCAGAAAUACAACUGAAACUGUGUGUAUAUGUGAGAGAAUUAGUAAAUUUAUUUUGUUUUCUAUCAUGUUCAUAGAAGGUGCUGGUGUGAAAUUUGAAAAUGCUGGAAUCGCGUAGGCUUCGUUUGGUAUUCAAACGCUUUGGAUGAUUGCAGUUAAAUAAAUUUUCACGGAAUAAUGAUUUUCUGAGAUUAGUGUUUCAAACUUGGUUGAGCUUAGCGACAGUGGUCGGGAAAGGCCAAUUCCAAUUGGAAAACUUUAAUUGCGCAAAGUGUAUUCAAGCAACUGCUGCAGUUGUGUAUACGUGUACCGUGGAAGAAAGUGGCCAACAAGGGUUAUUGGUGGAGAUAAGAUAACAAUUACUCUCCCCAAAUAUUGGUGUACGUUGAAGAAAGUGAUGUCGAAUAUUGAAUUUGGAUGUUAUUGAAUGGUUAAAGUGUUGUAAUUUUUUCUGUUUAUUCUUCGCACAAUCAGUAGUAGAGAGUUAAAUGAAGUUAACUCUUCAACGGAUUGAUGUGAAAAUUGUGUCGUUUUUUGAGGUCGGUACCAACGAUAAGAACGCGGAGUGUGUUGAUUGAAGUAGAUAAAAUCAGCGAAAAAAAGUUGAUUCAUGCUUUUAGAAAAUCGCCAAAUAAAUCAUAGUAGUGGUUGUUAUCAUUCGUUGCGUGCUGCAUUCGGAAGUGCUGCUGAACCCAAAGUGUUUCACGUUUCCUGUACGCCGUUUUCCUCUUUCAUUGCUGUGGUUUUAAAGUCAAUGUCUGCGCAGUGUAACGUUGGGCUACAACGAAGCCACGAGCUCUAAGCUUGUCAACACUUUACAUCGUUGAUGUACAUCCGCUGAACAACAAUGAUUAUUAAAGUUGUUGAUUUUCGCCAGGAAAACUGUUGCUAGUCAAUCAGCCGUUCCUCAAAAUAUGUAGGUUGACGGAACCGGGCAAUAGCUACUGGAAUUUGCCGCGAACGCGUGUGAUAUGCUUAUUUGGUUUUACACAGUCUUUUAGUUUUUCCUACAACCUGCCGCCGUCAUAUAUGGUAGUAGUUGAUGCAUUCAUCAGGUUUUUCGUGUUUUUGUUUCUCGGUAGUGUGUUGUUAGGCUCAGUGUGAAUAAUUCAUGGAAACCAAAUAUUUGCUUUGUGGUUGGAGUCGCUGUCGGGCACGGCCUACACAACGACAGUGAAAGUCCUUCUCGGUUCACGUUCGAGCGUUCAUUCCGUUAUGCGAAGAAGCUCGUACGCCAGUGCAAAAAGUAGUGUGAUGUGUUGAUGAAAUUCAAUUCGUUUUUACCGCCAGUAACCGGAAGCGUUCCGCUGUACAGCUAACAGUGGCUCGUGUCUGACUGUACGGUAAAGUAAGCGUUGUGUUGCAGCAUUGCAGUGCGGAAGUGAGGAAUCCUACCCAUUCCGCGUUAGUCGGUUGCGGUGUGGAAGAGCUGCGAAAAAAAUAGCAACAACUCCAUUACUCGGCUGAACGCUAGCGGACCUGCUUUUGUAGCUUCGGCGGAAAAUGACCAACAUCAACUAUUCAAGAAUGUUUCGUGGCAAAAUUCGUACCAACACUUGCCGGAUUGUGCUGUUAACUUCGUUGGUGUGGCUGCUCAUCGAUGUGAUACUGAUAAUGAACUACGCCGAUUGUCUUGGUGGAUCGACCUGGCUCUGUAAACGACCCGGAGAGUAUGAUGUUGAGCUUCCGCACAGUGCACAACUGCAGCAACAAAAGCAUCAUCCGGGAGGACGGGGUGGCCUUGCCGAGGACGAUGACCCUAUAGUUGACGAGGAAGAAAUCGAUACCAAUUCCAACAAUUUGGGUGAUCAAGGGUUUGAGAACACGAUACCCCGCACGUAUCGCCCACAGGACCUGAAAAAGUGGCGCCCUGUUCCACAAGUGGGCGAAAAUUAUGGGAAACCUGGUGAAUUAGGUAAACCGGUGAAAAUCCCCCCCAGCCAGCAGGAGCUUAUGAAAGAGAAGUUCAAGGAAAAUCAGUUCAAUCUGCUUGCCAGCGACAUGAUUUGGCUCAAUCGCUCGCUAACGGAUGUGCGACAUCAUGAUUGCAAAAAGAAACACUACUCAGCCAAGUUACCCACCACCUCAAUAGUGAUAGUGUUCCAUAACGAAGCCUGGAGUACCUUACUACGGACGAUUUGGAGUGUCAUCAAUCGAUCACCUCGCCCACUGCUCAAGGAAAUCAUCCUCGUAGACGAUGCCAGCGAACGGGACCAUCUGGGCGAGCAGUUGGAGGACUACGUUCGCACUUUGCCGGUGCAUACUUACGUUCUGCGAACCGGCAAACGGUCCGGGUUGAUACGGGCACGACUUCUAGGUGCCAAGCAUGUGAAGGGACAAGUCAUAACGUUCCUGGAUGCCCACUGUGAGUGCACUGAAGGCUGGCUGGAACCAUUGUUGGCGCGUAUCGUGCUAGAUCGCAAGACUGUCGUUUGUCCAAUCAUCGAUGUGAUAUCGGAUGAGACAUUCGAGUAUGUCACUGCUUCGGAUCAAACAUGGGGUGGCUUCAACUGGAAGCUCAACUUUAGAUGGUACCGGGUUCCCUCGCGCGAAAUGUCACGUAGGAACAACGAUCGGACAGCGCCUCUGCGAACGCCGACUAUGGCCGGUGGGCUGUUUUCAAUCGAUCGGGACUAUUUCUACGAAAUUGGUUCAUACGACGAAGGCAUGGACAUUUGGGGUGGGGAAAAUCUCGAAAUGUCCUUCCGGAUAUGGCAAUGUGGUGGCAUAUUAGAGAUCGCUCCCUGUUCUCACGUGGGUCACGUUUUCCGCGACAAAUCACCCUACACAUUCCCCGGAGGUGUCGCAAAUAUCGUCCUGAAGAAUGCGGCUCGUGUGGCCGAAGUAUGGUUGGAUGAUUGGAAAGAAUUUUACUAUCAGAUGAGUCCAGGUGCGCGCAAGGCUUCCGCGGGUGACGUUAGCGAACGAAAGGCUCUUCGCGAACGACUGAAGUGCAAGAGCUUCCGAUGGUAUCUGGAAAACAUCUAUCCGGAGAGUCAAAUGCCCUUGGAUUACUAUUUCUUGGGUGAGAUUCGAAACGUGGAUUCAGGAAACUGUCUCGAUACAAUGGGACGCAAAUCGAACGAAAAGAUCGGUAGCAGCUAUUGUCACGGCUUGGGUGGAAACCAGGUAUUCGCUUACACCAAACGGCACCAGAUAAUGUCGGAUGAUAACUGCUUGGACGCAUCAAAUGCGCUUGGACCGGUAAAUUUGGUGCGAUGUCAUGGGAUGGGUGGUAAUCAGGAGUGGGUGUAUGAUGAUGAGGAUAAGACUAUCAAGCACGUCAACAGUGGAAACUGCUUGACACGGCCAACUAUGGAGGAUCCUUCGAUUCCGUUGCUACGACCGUGCAUCUAUUCCAAGGGCCAACAAUGGCUGAUGCAGUCCAAAUUUAAGUGGCAAGCGCAACACGACAACCGGAUUAGCGAGGACAGAUAAAAUUAGCCCCCGAGUGAAGUAUCAUCUAAACCAGCACAUCCUCAUCCAUAGAAGCGCGUUCUACAAGCCAACGUAACUUGGUAAAGAAUGGGGACGGCAUGGUAAAGAAGUCGAUAAAAUUACGCCGACUCCUUCACAACACCUGCUGUUAUGAUAAUCAUCGUAGUUGGUGUUGUUUUAGCGGUUCCAAAACAAACCCUUGGUUUUAGUCGAUUUAUGUCAUGCUAUUGAUUAGUAGUCAUUCUAGGCAUAUUUUUUUAUCUUUUGAUCGUUAAAUAAAUUAAUAACAGUUCAUUCAUUGUGAGCAAUUUGCAUGAAUGCCUACUCGAUAAAACAACCAAUAAUGAAAAAAGCUGAAAUUAUUUUAGAUGAAUGAACUUUUCAUGCAUGAAAAAGAAUGAAAAUAUGUUAAAUAAAUCAUGUUUGAUAAUGUAAUAAGCAACGUUGGGCGAGAAGAAAGGAAACUUUGUAGAUAAAUACAUAAGAAUAUUAGAAGGCAACUACCUUUAAUUCCAUCUGCGACGACUGAUAGCUGCGUGAGAAAAUGCGACAGAUGGAUGAAAGUAUACCAAUAUAAGCACAGAAGCGGAUAUGUUCCUAUUCACGAUUUAGCCAACAAUUGGGAAUACACGAAACAGAGCGCGUUUCACUCGUUUUAUAUUUGAAAAUUUUGAAACUUCGAUGGUCAAACCUGAAAACAAACUGAAUGGUGCCGUUUAAUCGUACAUUUAUUUGUACGCAGGAGAAUCAGUUCGGAAUUUAACCGGCUCACGUUGUGACAUAGGCAUUUAAUUGAAUCACAGACCGAUGUAAAUCUGGAGCACUAUUGUUAGGUAACGAAAUAACACUUUAACUACAAUCAUAGGCAUCAAUUUUUGAGGGGCCAGUCGUUCAAUUUUCAAUAUAAUUCAAAACAUACCAUUGCAAAUUUAUCGUAUCUGCAGAAUAAAUGUCUGAAAAAUAAGAAAUAAAUUUAAAACUAUGUUUUAGUCAAAUUUCUCUACUAAACCAAGUUUGCAAAGGUUGAAAGACUCAGGCUUUAAACUGCAAAUUAGUUUUAUGCAGAAAAAAUGUCAAGAAAGCUAUAAAUAUCAUUUCCAUUUGAAAGGUAUGGAUUCAAAAAAUAUGUUGUCCGUUUUUCGGACUAAUUUUGCUCCCGACAAGAUCGUGUUCGAAGGCACAAUAAAUAAACUGCAUAUCAAGUAGCAAGAACAAUUUGUAUAAAAAAAUCGCUUUCUCAUAGUUAGCAUAUGAGCUUUUUCUAGUUUUUCCUCGUACUCUUAUAUCAUUUGUCUAAAACAUAAUUUCAAACGAUUGGCGAGCCAGAGAGUGUGAUAUAACAUAGAAAUGGGCUAAAGAAGUAAAAAGCUGGCCACCUAUAAAAUACGUAAAAAAAUCACCAUAGUUUUAGUCAUCAGAUAAUUUUUCAUUCAAUAUUUUAUUCCAAGCGGCCAAGAACAGAAUCGGUAAACCUGCAAUCCUCUAAGGCCAUAGACCGAUAAGUAAUCCCAUGAUCCAACAAAUAAACUGUAAUCACUUGUUGAAAAACGGACCAUUUGCAUUUAAGCGAAAAAUAACUUUAAUACAGCGUAAAAACAAGGCCCCGUUUGUAAAUGAUACUCGAGCAACAACAAAAAAAAAAUGAUUCACUUGAUGUUGUAAAUAAAUAGUGUAUUAUACUGAUAACAUGAAACAUCUUAAAUCAAAUGAUGCUGAGAACGGACGUAAAAAUAUCAUUUACUAAUAGUGAAAUAGGAAACCGAGGAAAAUCUAUGAACAUAUGAGUGAUAGAUGGAAAACAUAGUUGAAAUUUACAAACACAAAUCAAAUCGUGAUCGAAAAGAACUCUAUAUCAUCAGUACUAAGGCGAAGUGUAGUUAGUUACAGACAAAGCAGAACCGAUAGGAAAUCGAUGUUUUAUUUCAAAUUAUUUUUAUCGUUUUCUGAUAUUAGCAAUUUCAAUUCAAUUGAAUCUAGCAACUAGUUUUAAACGGUUUAUUUUACUGCAGGUGAUGGUGUGCAAUUCUUCUUUUAUGCUUACUUGUCUUAUAUUCAUGUAUAUUUUUUUGAAAACCCGUAAAACAGGAAAAGUGCAGAUAAUUGUCUUUUAGUUAGGAAUUAUAAGCGCAAAUUAGCAAGGCUGUAAAUUGUUUUAGCGAAUAUUCUCCAUAAAGCAACGACAAGCAAAAUCUGCAUCACAGAAUCCGAAAUACACUAAUCGGAACACUGAUUAUUGUACCUCAGUAUUAGUCUACUUCCACAAUGUCGAAAAUUCUUCCAUAGCACUUGUCUGAUUUGCAACAAAACUUUUUAAAUAAUACUUAACUACAUUCCUCCUCUGAAAAUCUACACACGUCGUUAUAGUUGAAACGAACAAUAUCAUAUAACUUCUACCAACACAAGCCAGAGUGGUAGAUUUCGAAGUUUAAGUCGUCUUUAAAAAAAAACACAAAGCCGAGCCAAUUUGAUUGCAUGGCAAACAUGUUAUCAUUAUUCAAAGUACUACUACCACUAUAAGCUGCUUCGUUCGUUUUCGUUAAACAAGAAAUUUACAUUGUUCCAUUAAGUAUUAAGACACGAAUGUUCGAGCUGCGUGGAAUGUAUCACAUUUUAUUGACUAGGAAGAACUGAGUUCGUGUAGAUCAGAUGAAAUGCUAGAAACUGUUUGUAUGAUAAAAGCAACCAACACAGUUUGAUAAAACUCAUACAAUCGCACGACCAUUGAACAGAACUAAUUCAAAUUCGCGACAGGAAACAAAACAUUACGCGAUAGGAAAUAGUUUUUUUUUUUCAAAAAUAAAAAAAUCAUGAAGUUUUUAAA